CUCCGCCUAUAAACCCCCUCACGCCCUUUCUCCCUUCUCUGCACACACAGAAAUUCACACCCAAGCCGCUGUCACAAGCAAGGCAUCCACACACACACAGAGAGGUAGAGAGGGCGAGAUGAAGGUGGAGGUGGUGGAGACGACGCUGGUGGCGCCGAGCGAGGCGACGCCGCAGCACGCGCUGUGGCUCUCCAACCUCGACCUCGCCGUGCCCAAGACGCACACCCCGCUGGUCUACUACUACCCCGCGCCCUCGCCGCCGCCGGCGGAUGCGGGGGCGGAGGCGGAGGCGGAGGGGUUCUUCGCACCGGAGAGGCUGCGGGAGGCGCUGGCGAGGGCGCUGGUGCCGUUCUACCCGCUGGCGGGGCGGCUGGCGGCGGGGCCCGGCGGCCGGCUCGAGAUCGACUGCAACGGCGAGGGGGCGCUGUUCGUCGUCGCCAGGGCCGACUUCACCGGCGACGAGAUGUUCACCGACUUCGAGCCCUCCCCCGAGGCCCGCCGCCUCCUCGUCCCCUUCGCCGCCUCCGGCGAGCCCCCCUGCGUCCUCGCCAUGGUCCAGGUGACGUUCCUGAAGUGUGGAGGCGUGGCCGUCGGCACGGGCAUGCACCAUGUCACGAUGGACGGCGCGGGCGCGUUCCAGUUCAUCCGGACGUGGACGGGGCUGUCGCGUGGGCUCGACGCCGCGGCCGCGUCGCCGUCGCCGCCGUCGCACGACCGCACCCUCCUCCGGGCGCGCUCGCCGCCGCACGUCCCGUUCGAGCACCCGGUGUACUCCCCGAGCUACCUCAACGGGCUGCCGCGGCCGUUCGUGACCCGCGUCUACUCCGUCCCGCCCAAGCUCCUCGCCGACAUCAAGGCCGCCUGCGCCCCCGGCGUGUCCACGUACGGCGCGGUGACCGCGCACCUGUGGCGCGCCAUGUGCGUCGCCCGGGGGCUCCCCCACGACGCCGAGUCGCGGCUGCGCGUCCCGGCCAACAUCCGGCAGCGCGUCCGCCCGCCGCUCCCGUCGCCCUACUUCGGCAACGCCAUCGUGCGCGACCUCGUCACGGUGCCCGUCCGCGACAUCCUGUCGCAGCCGCUGGGGUUCGUGGCGGAGCGGAUCAAGCACGCGGUGGCGCGCGUGGACGACGCGUUCGUCCGCUCGGUGAUCGACUUCCUGGAGCUGGAGUCCGAGAAGGGGAACCAGGCGGCGCGCGGGCAGUUCAUGCCGGAGACGGACCUGUGGGUGGUGAGCUGGCUCGGGAUGCCCAUCUACGACGCCGACUUCGGGUGGGGGCGCCCGGCGUUCGUGGCGCCGGCGCAGAUGUUCGGCAGCGGCACGGCGUACGUGACGCAGGCGCCGGACAAGGACGACGGCAGCGGCGGCGGCGUGUCCGUGCUGUUCGCGCUCGAACCGGAGUACAUCCAGUGCUUUGAGAAGGCCUUCUACGGCACAGAGUGAUAUGAUGCGGCGGCGGCGGCGGUGGCCGGAGUUUAGAGCUGGAGGACAUCGAGCGACCUGGGAUGCAUGAUGACGCCGAGGUGGUGUCGACGUCUGCUGACUCUGUGUCAUGCUCAAUACAUAACAUAAUAUGCGUUAUUUGAUUUGCGGUAGAAGUAUUUAGUGUAUGCUGGUACUGUGCAACAGUGCAAGUGUAAUGAGCUGCUGCCUUGUUGGUUGCAGCUCUCUCUACACAGACACUUUGGUCUGUCUUAAGUUCGUAUGUACAAAAAAAAAAUCAAAUGGAAAUGAAAAUGACUAUGGAAGCAAAGAAAGUUCGCAAGCAAA